AUGAUGUCAGAACAGGACCUGGCGGAUGUGGUGCAGAUUGCCGUGGAAGACCUGAGUCCUGGUCACCCAGUCGUGCUGGAGAACCAUGUGGUGGCGGACGACGACGAGCCGGCCCUGAAGCGCCAGCGCCUGGAGAUCAACUGCCAGGACCCCUCCAUCAAGUCAUUCCUGUACUCCAUUAACCAGACAAUCUGCUUACGGUUGGAUAGCAUUGAAGCCAAGCUGCAGGCUCUGGAGGCUACUUGCAAAUCGUUAGAAGAGAAACUGGACCUGGUCACCAACAAGCAGCACAGCCCCAUCCAAGUCCCCAUGGUGGCAGGCUCCCCUCUCGGCGCGACCCAGACGUGCAACAAAGUGCGAUGCGUCGUCCCCCAGACUACAGUAAUACUCAACAAUGAUCGGCAGAACGCCAUUGUAGCCAAGAUGGACGACCCCUUGAGCAGCAGGGCACCGGAUUCCCUGGAAAAUAUCAUUAGCAACGCGGUGCCCGGGCGGCGGCAGAACACCAUUGUGGUGAAGGUGCCGGGUCAAGACGACAGUCACAACGAGGACGGGGAGAGCGGCUCCGAGGCCAGCGACUCCGUUUCCAACUGCGGACAGUCAGGAAGUCAGAACAUCGGCAACAACGUCACCCUCAUCACCCUCAACUCGGAAGAGGACUACCCGAACGGCACGUGGCUGGGCGAUGAGAACAACCCCGAGAUGCGGGUGCGCUGCGCCAUCAUCCCGUCCGACAUGCUGCACAUCAGUACCAACUGCCGCACUGCCGAGAAAAUGGCGCUGACGCUGCUGGACUACCUCUUCCAUCGUGAGGUACAGGCCGUGUCCAACCUUUCGGGCCAGGGCAAGCAUGGCAAGAAGCAGCUCGACCCCCUCACCAUCUACGGCAUCCGGUGUCACCUCUUCUACAAGUUUGGAAUCACGGAGUCUGACUGGUAUCGAAUCAAACAGAGCAUCGACUCCAAGUGUCGGACAGCCUGGCGGCGGAAACAGCGAGGCCAGAGCCUGGCCGUCAAGAGCUUCUCGAGAAGGACACCAUCGUCAUCUUCGUACGGCGCUUCAGAGACCGUGAUGAGCACACCACCCCCUGCCAGUGAGAUGCCACAGCCCCCGCCACAGGCCCUGCACUACGCCCUGGCCAACGCCCAGCAGGUCCAGAUCCACCAGAUCGGAGAGGACGGACAGGUCCAAGUAGGCCACCUCCAUAUUGCGCAGGUGCCGCAGGGGGAGCAGGUGCAGAUCACUCAGGACAGCGAGGGCAAUCUGCAGAUCCACCACGUGGGCCAGGACGGGCAGGUGCUGCAGGGCGCCCAGCUGAUAGCCGUGGCCUCUUCCGACCCCACUGCUGGGGGCGUGGACGGCUCACCUCUCCAGGGCAGCGACAUCCAGGUCCAGUACGUCCAGCUGGCUCCGGUGACUGACCACACCACUGCGGCUCAGACGGCUGAGACCCUGCAGCCCACCCUGCAGCCUGAAAUGCAGCUCGAGCACGGAGCCAUCCAGAUCCAGUAGGUGGGACAGGCCACCCACCCACGACAGGACCUAAGACGGGGCCAUGGCCGUGCUCAGCGCCGGCUCCAGCCAACCGCCCCGUUCUACGCGCGCCCUGGCCCCACGGCUUUGCACGGAGGUGACUGCACGUGUUCCGUUCAAGUGCGUCUGAAAGCCUCCCCCGUGGGGGGAGUGUCCCGCUCAACAGAAAGGUGCCAGUAACGGCCACCACCCCUCCAGAAGACCCUUCCUUUUGAGUCCCACUGUCAGCGUCCAGAGAAGGAGUGGGGAAGCACAGUGUGGAUUGCAUUAAGUACGUGCGGAAAAUCAAGAACUACAAUAUUUUUCUCUGUUCAAACAGCUUUUUUUAAUUUGCUAUGGUGUUUAUAACAAAAAAGAAAAUUGAAAAAAAAAAAGUGGAGUAGCAGAAGCCUUUUGCUGUGUGCUCUGUUCCGUGUAAUGAAAAUAGGUAUUUGCAAAAGACAACUAAUGAUUUUGAUGGAAAUAUUGCUUACCUACUUUUCUAGGGGGAAAUGCUCACAACACUGUUAAUUAUGCAUUUCUAAUGAAAUAAAAUGUAUUUAUGACC